UAACCAAAUGGCGUGUUAGUGAGUUCCGGUUCUCGCUCCUGCUCUUUUCCAGUCGUCAGCCAUCAUGCCGCCCAAGAAGGACACGAAGGGCUCUUCCAAACAGCCCCAAAAGACCCAGAAGAAGAAGGAGGGAGGAUCCGGAGGCAAAGCUAAGAAGAAGAAGUGGUCGAAAGGAAAAGUUCGCGACAAGUUGAACAAUCAGGUGCUGUUUGACAAAGGCACAUACGACAAACUUCUUAAGGAAGUACCCCAAUAUAAGCUAAUCACUCCAUCAAUCGUGAGUGAAAGGCUCAAGAUCCGAGGUUCACUCGCCAGACGAGCCCUCAUCGAGCUCCAGCAGAAGGGGCUCAUCAAGCAGGUGGUCCAGCACCAUGCACAGUUAAUCUACACCCGCACCACCAAGGGCGACGACCCUGCCGCGUAAUUAAGACCUCUGUAUAAAUCGGUUUAAUAAAAAAUCUAUAAAACCUA